GCGCAGUCGUCUACGUCAGGUUCUCUGACGUCCCCUUUUUUUCUCAGAGACACAGCGGCUGGCGGCGCCAUAUUGGAGGAAGAAAUUUUUUCGACAAAACGCGAAAAACGUGAAAUUGAGCACGAUGCUGUAUCUGGAGGAUUACCUCGAGAUGAUCGAGCAGCUUCCCAUGGAUCUCCGCGACAGGUUCACGGAAAUGAGGGAGAUGGACCUGCAGGUUCAGAACGCCACAGAUCAGCUGGAGCAGAAGGUGAUCGAGUUCUUCGUCAACGCCAAGAAGAACAAACCCGAGUGGAGAGAAGAGCAGAUGGAGGUCAUUAAAAAGGAUUAUUACAAAGCUCUGGAGGAUGCAGACGAGAAGGUCCAGCUGGCCAAUCAGAUCUACGACCUGGUGGACCGUCACCUCCGUAAACUGGACCAGGAACUGGCCAAGUUCAAGAUGGAGCUGGAGGCCGACAACGCCGGCAUCACAGAGAUUCUGGAGAGACGGUCCUUAGAGAUGGACAGUCCGUCUCAGCCGGUCAACAACCACCACGUCCACUCACACGCCACAGCGGAGAAGAGGAAGUACAGCGCCCCCACUCACCACACCACAGAACACGUCCCAGAGAAGAAGUUCAAGUCCGAAGCUCUGCUCUCCACCCUCACAUCAGACGCCUCCAAGGAGAAUACGCCAGGUUGCCGUAGCAACAGCACGUCCUCGUCCACCAACAACGUGUACAGUGUGAACUCUUCUCAGCCUCUGGCCUCCUACAACCUGAGCUCUCUACCUGCAGGACCUGGAGCCGGAGCCGGCGCCAUCACCAUGGCAGCAGCCCAGGCCGUCCAGGCCACCGCACAGAUGAAGGAGGGACGGAGGACGUCCAGUCUCAAAGCCAGCUAUGAGGCCAUCAAGAACAACGACUUCCAGCUGAGCAGAGAGUUCUCUCUGUCCAGGGAGAGCACAGCCUACCCGUCCUCGGCCCUGGCCUCCACCCUCACCCAGACCCUCACCCCCAACACCGCCUCCGACUCCCGGGGACGCAAGUCCAAGAGCAGCAUCAAGUCUUCCAACCACCAGUCGUCUUCGUCCUCGUCCUCUUCGUCUCUGUCCUCCUGCUCCUCGUCCUCAGCUCUGGCUCAGGAACUGUCUCAGCAGGCGUCAGCGCUGCCGGAGGCUGAGGCCAGCAGCCAGGUGGACUGGACCUACGACCCCAACGAGCCCCGCUACUGCAUCUGCAACCAGGUUUCCUAUGGGGAGAUGGUCGGAUGUGACAACACAGACUGUCCCAUCGAGUGGUUCCACUAUGGCUGCGUGGGUCUGACCGAGGCCCCCAAAGGGAAGUGGUUCUGUCCUCAGUGCACAGCCGCCAUGAAGAGGAGAGGAAGCCGCCACAAAUAAACUGUGGGUGGGGUCAGAGGUCACAGAUGGAAACACUAAAUGUAAUCUGACCCCCACCACCAGGGGGCACUCAUCCUCCAUCUAGAGGGCGGGGCCAGCCUGGAGCUCAGCUAAAACUACAGACCAGUCAUAGGACUACAAAUAUGGCCAACCAGGAGUUCAGCUAAAACUAUAGACCAGUGAUAGGACUACAAAUAUGGCCGCCCAGAGGAGCCUCUCUGUGUUUGUAUGAAUCCUGAAAGUAGCCGACGUCUUUCUGGAAAGAGAGAGUUAGUGUGUGUAUAAGUGUAGUGUGUGUGUCUGUGUGUUUAAUGUGUGUUUAAUGCGUGAUUGUGUGUAUUAUGUGUGUGGGUCAUUUGUGCGUGUGGUGACGUUUCAGGACGUUUCAUUCACUCUGAUCAUCAUUGUUGUUUAUUUCCAUGACUCCGCCCUCUUCCUGUCGGCCAUCUUGUUCCAGUAAUGCUAGCUGACAUCAAAUCAUUUGUACGAUAAUAAAUAAAAUAAAAGUAAAUAAA